AUUUUCACUCGCUAACUUCAGCUAUCGCCGGAGCUCAUCACAAUAUAAAACCUCACAGCUUUUCAAUGGCGUUGCUUACCCCAGCCACUAUGCCAAUAUCAUCGCUUCAAACGCGACUGAAAUUCAUCCUCCAAAACCGACCAGAAAGGUGGCUAUACGGCAUAUUCUGGCAGGCUUCCACCGACAAAGACGGUCAUCUUGUUCUCUUGUGGGCCGACGGCUAUUUCCCCGGCCCCAACCAUGACAUGACGGCUCCCAUUAUUAAUGGCAAUGACCCAAUUUUUGGGUCUGAUUCUGUUUCUGAUACCCAGUGGUUGAUUAUGUCUUCUGCUACGAUGUGUUUUCCAGCCAAAUUUGACGUCGUCGGGGAUUGUUUUAGUUCAGGGUCCCACCUGUGGUUGGCUGGGGACAUGCAGUUAAAGAAGUACUCCAGCCAAAGAACCGAAGAAGUUAGAGUUCAUGGAAUCAAGUCGUUGGUUUGUAUUCCGACUGUGAUUGGCGUUGUUGAAUUGGGUUCUUGUGAUACUGUGAAAGAAGAUGAAGGUCUAAUCCGGUUAACAAAAUCCGUCUUCGAUCCCGAUAACUACUUCAACGUUAACUUCUCCCUUCCUGUUAAAGAGUCUGACAACCCUAAUCAAGGUGUUGAAGGACAACUGGAAAUGAGCAUGAAGGACAUGCAUAUGUCGUCUUCGGAUUCUGAUCCAUUUGAAAUCGGUAGCUCGUCGCUACCAACAACCAAUGUUUCAAGUACACCAAAGAAGAGAGUUAGAAAAGCAAAGGGUGCAGUUGCAAAUUCGGAAGUGAUGGCACUAGGGUAUCACGUAGAGGCAGAAAGACAGCGAAGAGAGAAGCUAAACGAUCGGUUUUAUGCUCUCAGAAGUGUGGUUCCUUAUGUCUCAAAGAUGGACAAAGCUUCUCUUCUGGCUGAUGCGGUUAUUUACAUCAAUGAGCUCAAAGCCAGGAUCCAAACACUAGAAGAGAAAGUGGGUACAGAAUCAUCAGUAGCAAUUACGUCAAGAAAUGAGAGGCAGAUGAACAUGUGCCAUGUUAGUGGUUCAGGAACUAACAACAGGGAUGAAGUCGAGGUGAAAUUAUUUGGAUCACAGGCUAUGAUUAGGGUACAAUCAGCGCACAUGAACCAUCCGGCAGCGAAGUUGAUGGAUGUCCUUAGAAGCUAUGACUUGAAAGUUCAGUACGCGAGUGUGUCAAGUGUUGGAGAUCGGAUGGUACAAGAUGUUAUUGUGAUGGUUCCUAAUGGAUUGACAUGUGAUGCAGAUACCUUGAAAUUUGUUGUUCUUGAGAAAAUGGACAUGGACUGAUUUUAAAUAAAGUUUUAGUAAUAGGGUAGGGUUUAAUAAUGUUUCCUGAUUGAGUUUUUAAUAAUGU